GUCCCGAAUCUUGACCCACACAGGUGUUUUCAUUCCGUUUUUCCUAAGUUAGGAGGAACGUUAAGAAUCACACUAGCAUUGUUGCAAGGAAAGUAUAUACAUCAGAAAAAAUGCCAGAAAGUAACAAGCAAGAAGAUCCAGCUGUCACAAGAUUUAGACAGUAUUUACGUAUAAAAUCGGUCCACCCAACUCCAGAUUAUGAUGGAGUUAUCAAGUUUCUUAAAGAUCAAGCAAAGGACAUUGGUCUGCCAUUUGAAACAGUUCAGGUACACCCUGAAAGAAUUGUAUGUAUAAUGACAUGGGAAGGAAGAGACCCCUCACUACCAUCAGUUGUACUGAAUUCACAUACUGAUGUUGUUCCUGUGUUUGAGGAACAUUGGAAAUGUGAUCCAUGGGAUGGAGUAAAGAUGGAAAAUGGAGACAUCUAUGGAAGAGGAACACAGGACAUGAAAUCGAAUGGAUGCCUAUACAUGGAAGCUGUAAGGAGAAUGAAGGCUAAAGGAAUACAACCAUUGAGAACUAUUUAUUUAACAUUUGUACCAGAUGAAGAAAUUGGUGGUGCUCUUGGAAUGAUGAAAUUUGUACAAACAGAGAAAUUUAAGAAAAUGAACGUAGCUUGUGCUAUUGAUGAAGGUCUGGCAAAUCCAACAAAUGCUUUUACUGUUUUCUAUGGGGAAAGAGCACCUUGGUGGGUUCGUGUCCAUUGUCCUGGAAAACCAGGUCAUGGUUCAAGAUUUAUUGAAGAUAAUGCUGCAGAAAAGUUUAGAAAAGUCAUAAAUAGUUUCCUUGAAUUUAGAGCACAGGAGGAGAAAAAGUUAAAAGGAAAUGCAUGUAUAAAGCUGGGUGAAGUCACAACUGUAAACUUGACAAAUGUACAGGGAGGAUCAUUGACCCAGUUUAACCUGGUACCAACAGAAUUUUGUGCAGGUUUUGACAUAAGAAUAACCCCAACUGUCGACUUCAAAGAAUUUGAAGACAAGAUUAAGAAGUGGUGUGCAGAUGCUGGGGAUGAUGUGAAAUAUGAGUUCAAACAGAAAUGUGAAAUUCAGUCAUUAACAUCAACUGAUCCCUCUGAUCCAUGGUGGAAUUGUUUUGAAACAACUUGUAAACAAUUAGGGAUGACAUUAGAAGCAGAGAUCUUUCCAGCAGCUACUGAUAGUAGAUUCUUCAGAGAGCUUGGAAUUCCAGCAUUUGGUUUCUCACCAAUGAAUAAUACGCCAAUCUUACUUCACGAUCACAAUGAAUUCCUCAAUGAAAACAUUUUCCUCAAAGGCAUUGACAUUUUUUGUGAAAUAAUUCCUGCACUAGCUAAUUUGAAGGGGAAAUAAAAUGACAAAGUGCAAAUGAUAUCAGACAAGAAAAUCAUGUUAUCCCGGUAAAAUAGUUAUGUUUACAAGAAAUACCGUUGAAAAAUACUAUGUUCAUAAUUUUGAAGUUAAACAUCAGUUUAGCUUGGUCGACACAAGGAUUGCUAUAUGUCAAUUUUGUCAAAGGAAAAUUGUGAGCUAUUGCUUUUGUGUGACAUUUGUCUACAAACCUGUACCUAUAAUUUUCAAAUUUUCAUCAUCUGAAACCUAAAUUAAGAUUAAAAUUUAUAUACCAUAGAUAAAAGGUAAAAUCACAAAGCAUAAGACACACUCAACAGUCAAAGGUACAAGAUAUAAAUCUGUACAAUAUGUUGAUAUAUUUCUUCACCAAAUUGAACUUUUGUAUAGUCAUUACUCAUAGAGUAUAAAACUCAAUGGUAGAACACUCAGACUCUCUUGGUCAUUCUUUAUAAGUUAUAGAACUCAACAGCAAAAUCACUUAUUGUCUAAUCAAUAUUUCAAUAAUUAGUAAAGUCUAGAAUGAUAUCAGGGAGGAACAUGGUUUAAAGGGUUGUUAUCUUUUAAUAUCACAAUCAGUCAGAACCUAAUUCAUUUAGUAAGCAUUAUGUGAUGAUACUAGAGAAUUGUCAGUACCUUUUUAGCUCUUAACCAAUCCUAAAUGAGUACUGCUUUGUAUUAAUAUGUGCCAUACAUACUGAUAAUGUAUGCUAUUUAGAAAAUAAUCAGAUGAGAAUAUUUUUGUCCUUUUUUUUUAAUGAUUUUUGUUACUAUAGCUUUUAAUUGUUUUUGUGAUUUAUAACUUCUAAUAAAACAUGUAAAAUUCUA